AGAUAAUACUUCUAAGGCAUAUUCUGUUAUGUGUGUGUAUAUAUACACCUAAAUAAGCAACAUGUAUUGCACAUCUAAACCUUCCUUUUAAAACAUAUUAAUCCUGAGUCUAUAGAGAAAUAAUGAAGUUAAAUGGGAGGGCAUUGCUCAUCAUAUUUCUGGUGACACAAAGUGUUGCAAUUCUAACCGUCGCUAAAGAGUUUGAUUUCUUUUACUUUGUUCAACAGUGGCCAGGAUCAUAUUGUGACUCGAGGCGAGGUUGCUGCUACCCGAAAACUGGGAAGCCAGCUGAAGAUUUUAGCAUCCACGGGCUUUGGCCUAAUUAUAUCGAUGGCUCGUAUCCAUCUAACUGUGACUCUUCUAAUCCUUUUGAUGACUCAAAGGUUUCGGAUCUUGAAAGUGUGUUACAAGAGCAUUGGCCAACACUUGCGUGCCCAAGUGGCGACGGAUUGAAAUUUUGGCGUCACGAAUGGGAAAAGCACGGUACUUGUGCAGAAUCGGUUUUUGAUGAGCGGGGUUACUUUGAGGCCGCACUUUCUCUCAAGAAAAAAGCGAACCUUCUCGGUGCUCUCGAGAAUGCAGGAAUUAAACCUGCUGAUGGGGUAUUUCACACAAUGGGCCAAAUCAAAGAUGCAAUUACAAAGGGUGUGGGUUAUGAACCCUUUAUUGAGUGCAAUGUGGACUCCUCAGGGUACCACCAGAUAUACCAAGUGUACCAGUGCGUCGAUGCAUCGGCUUCUAACUUCAUCAAAUGCCCGGUUUUACCUCAUGGGCGAGCCUGCGGGAACAAAGUCGAAUUUCCAUCGUUUUCAUCUGCUUCGAGUCGUGACGAGCUCUAGAUCAUUCGUUAAAAUCUUUUCUUUACUGGAUAAUUUGAAUUUCGUUAUACAUUUGAUAACUGAUUGUUGUAUAAUUCAUGAUAAAUAAAUUUUAAUUGCGUCAGGUAACUUUUGGUUA